CUUCUUCUUUCAGUUUUUCAGAACACAAUCAACGUGAAGCUUGCAGCGAGCAUCAAUGGAGUUCCUUGACGACGACGACACGAGGCCUAGGUUCCUAUUCCAAUCUGGAUCACAGCCACCGCCUUCAUCCGCUGACGACCAAUCCUACAACAAACCAACCAAGACACUACUCAUUGUCACCGUCUCUGCCUCCGCCAUCCUCCUCUUCCUCUCUAUCUUCUACAUCCAAGCUGAGCCAUUCAAGUCCCUCCUCCUCUGGCUCGCCCUCUCCCUCCUCGUUGGACCUUUCGCCCCUCCUUCCCUCACCGCCGGAGAUAUCCGUGUAGGCCGGGGCUCCAUCCUCGAAUUCCCCGACCAACAAACCCUCGCCGAAGACGAUGACAACAAGAAGAAAUAUCAGCGCCGAUCCAAAUCCCGCAGAUCCGACGAAGUCCAAUCUGUUGUCGCUCCGGUCGUAAAAUCGCCGGAGCGGGAGGCUGAGAAGAUCCGAGCCAACGAAAACGGAAACGGAAAUGGCGUUGUGUCGGAGAAGGAGUGGAGUGAAGAGGAUGUGGAGAUUCUGAAGAAGCAGAUGACGAAGCAUCCCGUCGGGAAGCCAGGGCGGUGGGAGGCGAUAGCGGCGGCGUUUGGCGGGAGACACGGAGCGGAGAGCGUGAUAAAGAAGUCGAAGGAGUUGGCGGAGAAGAAGGUGGACGAUUCGGAGUCGUACGCGCAGUUCCUGAAGAAGAGGAAGCCGGUGGACAAGAGAGUGGUGGAAGAGGCGGGGGAGGAGGAGGAGAAGAACGGUGGUUCUGGUGCCGUUGGUGACGGGACGUGGAGUUCAGGCGAGGACAUUGCGCUGCUGAAUGCUCUGAAAGCGUUCCCGAAGGAGGCUGCGAUGAGAUGGGAUAAGGUGGCUGCUGCGGUUCCCGGGAAGUCAAAGGCCGCUUGCAUGAAAAGAGUUACUGAAUUGAAGAAAGGGUUUCGGAAUGCAAAAGCUGCUUCUGCCGAUAAGAUGCAUUUAUUUCAGGACAUUUACUGUCAAAAUGGACGUAUUUACUCAUUCGGUUCCUUACCGUGGAUUCCUAGAAAGAAUUUUCUCUGUGUCAAACGAACUAGUUGAAUCUGCUAAAAUGGGAUUCAAAAACGUACUCUGUUCCAAAGAGCCAGGAAUGCUUUAGUCACACUUCCGUUGCUAUGGUUGCUGAAUUCAGCAGUUAAUUGGUCAUUGCAAUACUUCAAUUUGUCAACUGUGUGCUGCAACAAAAACUGAAUGCUGG